AUGAAUAUGUCUCAUUCCAACCCAUUAAAAGAGAGUGCAAUGUUAAUGAUGCCAUCAGAAGAUCAAGAAGAAUUAUCAAAAGUUUGGUUUAUAACUGGAUGUUCAAAAGGAUUGGGGUUGGCAUUGAGCCAACACUUGUUGGAAAAGGGCUAUCGAGUAGCAUCAACAUCAAGAUACAAAAGUGAAUUGGAAAAGGAAUUGGGUCCAGACAGCAAACAAUUCCUUGGCGUCCAAAUGGAUAUUACCAAUGAAAAAGAAAUCAAAUCAUCAAUAGACUCUGUUAUGAAAUAUUUUGGAAGAAUUGACUUUGUUGUAAAUAAUGCUGCCUAUUGUCAACUUGGUACAGUUGAAGAAUUAACCAAUCAAGAAAUCCAAUCAAAUUUCCUUGUCAAUUAUUAUGGUACUGUCAAUGUUCUAAGACACGUCUCACCAAUCCUUAGAAGCCAAAAAUCUGGUCAUGUUUUUAAUGUAUCAUCAGUAGCAGGAUUUACAAAUCCAUUCCCAGGAUGGUCAAGUUAUGCAGCAACUAAACAUGCAAUUGAUGGAAUGACAGAAUGUUAUGCAGAAGAGAUGAAAAUCUUUGGAGUUAGAGUUUCUUUAAUAUCACCGGGAGCAUUUCAAACCAGCUUCCUGUCGACCGAUCAUUGUAAAGUACCAUCUCAACCAAAUGAAGCCUAUGCUGAAUGUCCAAAACUAGCUCAUGACUACUUUACCAGUAUGGGUUGUUUUAAUCAUAUGGGAGACUCAAAGAAAUACUCAGAAUUGAUUGUACAAAUUGCCAACAUUCAAGAAACUGAUAAAGUACCAAAACAACUAUUUGUAGGAGCCGAUGCUUUUAAAUUGGCAAGAGCAAAGAUUGAUUCAAUGACCAAACAAUUGGAUUAUUGGGAACCAAUCGCAAGUAAAAUGGAUUUGGAUUCUCAUUUAAUUAAAAUUAAUUAUUCUUAUCCAAGAGAUGAAUAA